AUGGCUUCCCCCAAACACGCUACCACCGAAGGAGGAUGGGGUCCUGGUUCUUACGUAGACACGGCGUUCCACUCUGUGCCAGAUGAGAGUGCCAGAAUCAUGCGCCUCCUAGCCUCGCAAGCUCCUGGAGUUGGCUUGGACGAGUCUGCCUUGUCCCAGGUCGAGUUUUCCGGCGCUGAUAUCUCCUUGAUCCCUGGUCCAUUGAAGUCACAGGCGGUGUCUGCUGCUUUACAAGGAUUGAUCGGUAUCGUUGGCAAAGAGAUUUUGGCCUUGAAGGGCAUCGACACUGGCAAAGUUCACGUUGACACGGACAAAGCUGGCCUCUAUCCAGCCACUGUGGCUUUGGCAUCAGUUGACGGAAAGGAUAUGGGCAAGUUGUCCGCAGAUGGCACCAUCAGCAGCGUUGGAGUCGAUGUCGACAAGGGCUGUCUUACAAAGACCAACAUGCAUUAUCGUUCGUGGGCAAUCUACCCCACCAAGGACAAGGGCGUCUGGUAUCAACUGAUGGGAAAUCUCGACCCUGCGGGAUUCUUGAAAGCCUACGGAUUGGAUCCAAACUACCCCUCCAAAGACAGAAACGACGCCUAUGAGGUCAUCAAAGCCGAGAUCUCCAAGUACUCAGCAGGUGAUCUCGAGCUGAAGAACAUGGAACAUGGAUUCACUGGACAGACAGUUUACACUCCCAAGCAUUGGUUGGAGACCACCAUGGGCAAGGCUAUGGCACGCCACCCUGUAAUUGACUUCAAACAGGUCCUUGGAACCGAGGGACUUUCCCCCGUGCCAUUCCCUCAGACACCGAAUGAUCUUCGACCUCUGGCUGGCGUAAAGAUCAUUGAGAUGGCCAGAGUGAUCGCAGCCCCGGCAGCGGGAGCAGGGCUUGCGGCUCUCGGGGCCGACGUGAUCUCCAUCCAGAGUCCAAACAUUCCAAACUUAGGAGGCUUGAGCGUCACUUUGACCGCAGGCAAGAAAGUCUACUCGCUCGAUCUCAACAACAAGGACGACAAGCAACAUCUUCAGGAUCUGCUCGACGAAGCAGACGUCAUCGUCCAGGCCUUCCGAUUGGGUUCAAUGGACCGUAGAGGUUUCGGACUUGAGAAGGUUGUUGAGAUGGCCAAGAAACGCGAAAAGGGCAUCGUAUACGCCGACUUGAGCUGUUACGGUUCCGACGGCUAUUACGCCGAGAGACCUGGCUUCCAGCAGAUCGCAGACGCGGCUACUGGUUGCUCCUAUGUCUGUGCCAAAUCACUUGGUUUCGAGGAAGGAACAGGUGUUCUACCCUCUCUUCCCAUUGCAGACAUGCUCUCAGGCGCCGUCCUCAUUCUUGAUGUCAUGCUUGGUCUCCGUGAUCGCGCAAGGUACGGCGGCUCUUACCACGCAUUCUCGGCCCUUUGUGCCGUUGAUGCUUUCCAGCUCACUAAGGAUGUCGGACUCUACGGUCCGGAGACCGUUGCUAAGAUUCAGGAGACCUUCAAAUUCGGCCCAAUGACUCCUGAUUUGAUGGUCGAGGAAUUGCUGUAUGUGUUGCUCGCCGCCUGGACCAAGAACUCGGACUUCUUGAAGAGACCAGAGUACAUGGUCAAGUUUGCAGAAACACCCUUUGGCAAGAAUCACACCAUCCUCGGGCCUAUCGUCAAGUAUGAUAAGACCGACUGCGACCCCAAGUGGUCGCACGGGCCUGUACCCUACUGCUACUCGAAAUCGGCAGUCUGGGGAACCUCCAAACCAUCGAUGGCGCCUCAAUCUAGCGUAGGGUCCGACAGUGAGACGAGACCUGCUGUCGCUGCUUAG